AUGGUAUUAUGGGAGGAUGGGGGAAGGAACGGGGUAGGUAUCUUGGUUGAUAAGGACCUCCAUGAACUAGUGGUGGAGGUUAGGAGGGUGAAUGACAGGCUGAUGACUAUUAAGCUAGUUGUUGGAGGAGGAGAUUUCAAUAGUCACAUUGGAACGACAUCUGGGGGGUAUGAUGAUGUGCAUGGUGGCUUUGAUUUUGGAGAUAGAAACGGAGGAGGAACGUCUCUGCUAGACUUUGCUAGAGCAUUUGAUUUGGUGAUAGCAAACUCGAGUUUCUCGAAGAAGAGGGAGCACUUGGUCACCUUCCGUAGUUCGGUGGCCGAGACUCAGAUUGAUUAUUUACUCUGUAGGAAGUAUGAUAGAGGUCUUUGCACAGAUUGCAAGGUCAUCUCGAGUGAGAACCUCUCGACCCUUCAUGAGCUCCUAGUUAUGGACCUUGAGAUCACGAGAAAGAGGAGGAAGAUGGCGAUGUAUAGCCAACAUAUGGUCAAGCGGGGAGCUUUGACGGAAGCUAAAGAGCAGGAGUUGGGGGUCAAGCUGGUGACUUUGGGGGCUUGGAUGAGUAGUAGGGACGUGAGCACUAUGUGGAUAAUGACUGCGCAGUGCCUUAGGAAAGCCGCGAGAGAGGUAUUAGGGGUCGCAAAUGGUUAA